AUGGUGGUAGAAAGCAAAGUAUUUACUUCAAAUAUAAUUCGAUUGGAAAAUAAAUUAAAAAAUAAUUUAAAAGAUAUUUUUAAUGUUACUCCUGCUAUACCGUUGCAAAGUAAAUCCCUCAUUAAUACUAAAAGCAGUUGUGAUUUUGUACCGAAAAAUGAUAAACACUACGUGCCAAGGAAAAGAAUUAGUGCAAAAGUUAGAACUGUAAGGGAUAUUAGGAAUGCUUUUGAAUCUGAUGUUUAUACAUACUUGCCUGCCGAUUUAGAAAGACAAAAAAAUUUACUUUUGCGCAAAAUUAGUUCUGGUUCUGCAAGAGAUGGAAAAACAAAAGAACUAGCUAAAAAUAUAUUAAAUUCUUCUGCCCCUAUAUCAAAAUCAGCAUGGCAAAUGAUAAUGAAUAUUAAUCCUGAAGAACAUACCUUUCCUUCGCAGUAUGUUCUUUGGAAUGGUAAAUGUAUCCUAGUAAAUGGAAGUAAAGGUGGAAGAAAGAAGUUUAUUUGUAAACGUGAUAUCACAAAAAUAAACAGGACUUUAAACCAAUCAAUGGUAAGAAAAGAUGCUUUGAUUAAAAAAAAGAGUUUAUUGCAUCAUUCUUUAGACAUCAAGUUUAAACCUGGACCAUUGACGAAAAAGAAAUACCUAGAUAAUACAUACCAAAGGUAUCAGUUUGGUGAUAUGAAAUUAGUAUCUUUGCCCAAACCUGGUCUUGAUAUUCAACCCUCCUAUGGAAAACCACUGGCACCUGCAAUUAAUACUUUUAUUCAUAAUGCUUUUUUAUUAAAUGCCGAUGGUGUGAUAUCUCAAAAUUGGGCAAAUUUUUCGGUUUCCGUUUUAGGUACAAUGAAAAAUGGCACCCCAGUUCAAACUGUAGAAGAUUGUAACGUAACUUUUGAUCUUGAUUACAAAUGUUUACAGCGUAGAAUUCUAAUGCGUCAUGAUAGUGACAUAGUACAACAAAUCAAAAUUAGUACUGAUAAGCCUGAUCCAGUACAAGAUGAGACAAUAAUUAUAUCAGAAGUCGCUAAUGUUUUGAACGAUAUACUAAAUUCGGUAGAAAUUAGCUUGAAACAGAAUGAAAUGUUUUCAGGAGUAGAUGAACCAAGAGAAGUGACUAAAAUUAACAAUAGUCUUUGCACAACCAAUAUAAAUCAAUUAAAAGAUAGGGGUAAAAGAAAAUUUGGAGAGCUAGACAGGUUAGAUGUGACUGUUAUUACAAUUGCUGAAUCUUCUGAUGUUAUUAAAAAUGAUGUACUAUGUCAAAAUGCGCAUUGCUACUUAGGAUGUAUAUGUGAUUCUUUGAAAUCUUCAAGUACUUUUAAAAGACAUUGUGGUCGUUUCGAAUGUAUGUUCAAAUGUAAAUGUGACUUUUCCAAGUAUAAUCUAACUGAUUCAUUUAAUAAUGAUUGUUCUGAUAUACUGCCGGGCUUAGUUAACUUUGACAUGAAACUGGGACAAACAUUAGCGAAAGAAGAACAUAAAUUUCAUCAAACUGUUAUAGUAACUAAUGAAAAAAGCAUUUUACUAAAGUCGAAACGGCGAAAUUGGAAAGCUUCGAAGAGAUAUGCUGAUUUUUAUAGUAAAAUGCCCUUGAAAGCUAUGAACCGAGAUAAACAAGAAUUAUCAAUAGUGUGUACAAAUCUAGACUUGAAAAACGUAGAACCCUGGUGUAUGGUACAUAAUCUAUAUAAGUGUUUUUGCAAAGGCAAAUUCGUAGAAAAAUGUUCUCUAAGUAUACAUGAUGUAACCGAUACAUCAACAAUUGCUUCUGAUGUUGAUGAUAAAAAUAAAAAAGUGAUUGUCCCUAUAGAUUUAAGCAACGAUACUCCGACAAAUACACUGAAAACAUAUCCAAAAAUUCAACAUGAAACACGUAUUUCUGGAAACAGUAAUGAAAAAUCUGAAGUUAUAGUGCCAUUAUUGCCUCAUCCGCCUAAUUCGUAUAGCAAACUGAAAUGCGCUAGAACAUUGCCUUAUGAUGGAAGAAAAUAUGAUGAAGAAUAUUACCGUGUAACAAAUCAAAAAAUUUUAGAAAUGGAAAGAAAUGACAAGAAAUUACAUAAAAAAAUGAUGAUUUUAAUAAACAAUGGUAACACACUAGUGACAGAGGAUCAAGAUUUACAAAAGGACGAUUUAAGUUGUCCAGCACCUAGUCUAAAUGAAUUAUUAAGUAGUGUAAUAAGUCCAAAAUUACUGGAUCAGGAAGAACAUGUUGUGGAGACGAAAACAGCAGGUAAAUCUCAACUUCCACUCGCAAAUAUAAAAAGACUGCCAAAUAAAGAAUCAUUAGUAUCAUGGCUCGAGUCUAACUACAAAUUCUAUAAAGAUCAAACACAUUAUGGCCCUAUGAGAACUGGUUUAGAUCCUCCAAAAUAUGGCAAAAUUGCCUUAUAUCCUUGGAAUUUUAUACUAAGUAGAUAUAGAGAUCGAAAAAAUCUAUUUUUGAUAUCUAAACAAAAACCUUUCCGUAUUUUUAUGGCAGUGAACACAAAAAAUCCAUUUUUUAGUAAUUGCAUAAACAUAAGUGAUAUUGCGCUGUCUGAUCUUAGCAAAUUUCCUGAUACAAUUAAAAAUUUACUUACAAAUGCCACAGAGACAAAAGACAAUUUUUAUAUAUUGUAUGGGCUAUCAUUUUGUUGGGAGCUAAUCGGUUCAGUAACAAAGGUAAAUGACAGCAUAAAAGAUGUAACACAAGAAAAUGAAGAAAGUUUAACAGUGCCCGAAGAUGUGUCUGAAAACAUGAAUAUUUUGGAUUCGAAUUGUUUUGAGAUAGAUUCACAAAACACUAUUGAUAGCGUAUCCGAAUCUAUAGAAUUAGCUGAAUAUAAUGUACCAGAAGAAAGUUCUAAUCAAUUUAAGUGGUUUUUAAUGACUAUAGAAGAUGAUUUUUCAGAAAUUCAAUUUUUUGUAAAAGGAUUCUUUGUUAAGUACGAUAGCCUUAUAAAAGCAACAUCGGUCGCUAAGCGUUUAGGAAAAACAGUUAGACUAUCUUCACAAAAAUGCUGUGGCACUAAAACUUCUCCACAAUUUGGAAUCUAUGCUAUACCGAGUAGUAAAAAUAACUACGUCUUUAUAGGACCAUAUGAAAAGGAUGAGGUUUUAGGCAUAGAAACUGUAAAAACCGUGAAUGAUAUGAGAAAAGUGGAAUGUACAAGAGGUACAUGGAUAACUACUAAUGAAAUUGAUAAUUUGAAUGUUAUCAAUAAUCCUUUACUAUAUAUGCCCUCUAAAGAAAUUGUUGAGAAGAUGAUUACUCUUGAAACUAAUACCAAAAGAUUUUGUGAGAGUGAUAAUGACACAAGUAGCUAUGAUGAAUCGUCUGCUGAUAUUUUAAACGAUAAGCACGUGAUAAGCAAAGAGACAUCGCCUAAAAUUGUGAGGCCUAUAAAAAUUAUAAAAUCAAAUAAUUUCUAUAAAUUUGGUCUAUUAAAACAAAAAUCUUUGAUACUAAAUAAAUCAUUGCUUGUUAAAAGUAAUACUUCGAAGAUAUCUUUGCUCAGUAGCAAUGAUCAAGAACAUAGUAAAACAGAAAGCCUAUCAAAAUUACGUAAGCUUAUUAUAGUCCCGCCUAAAACUAAAGAAGAUAUGUUGAUUCAUAAUAAAAUUGACAUGAAUGACAAUAUAGCAACGACAUCUACAUCACUGCAAAGAAAACACGGAGGAAGUAUGUUUGUCUUAAAACCAGAAGAAAUUAAUAAAAAAUCUUUUGAAAAUAAUUUACCGAGUAGUUCACAGUCACAGACUGAAAAUAAGACACGUUGCGAAAUGGACAUGGAUAUCGAAAGGUUUCUUUCCAUGACAAAAAUUAAUACUGUACCGAAAGAUGCCAUUUUUGUUAUAUCGGACGAUGAAAACGAUACUGAGCGAUGUGGAGGUAACUGGAAAGAUGUAUGGAUUGUUUGCAAAAAUAUCGCCAAUAUUGGUUGGAUAGCAGGCAGACGGAACGCAACAAACCAUUUGAGCUUUGAAUUUCCUGGAUUUAUGUAUACAGACUUUUAUACUGAAGAAGAAGCUUUCAAUAAAAUAAAUCAAGUGUUGGCCAGAAAAGUGUAUGUACCAAAGCAUAUAUUAUUACAGUGGAGUGUUGUUGAAUCACUUACUGAUGACAUGGUGAAUAAAAAAUUACUGUCAACGCACCUGACUUCUGAUUACGUUUUAACUAGAAAAGGCUUGCUCAGUAAAUAUAACUUAAUGAUGAAGGUAAAAUAUUUAAACAAAUUAAGCAAACUUAAAAAUGUUUUACCUAAAAGAGAAAUUGGAAACAUAGACUGUACUAAUAAGGCAACUAUUCUGAAUGAAUUAGAGGAAACCAGUCAGACGCUAGUUGACGAAAGCUUAUUUCUUUGGGAUAAGACAAUUGCAAAGAAAGAGGAAAUAAUGGAGUCUUUUGCCAAAACGUCGGAAGAACUUCGCAAGGAGUUGACCGAUCAACUAAAUAAUAUUAAAUAUAACGCGGAAGAGUUAACA